UGCGCCAUUUGUGUUUGCUGCAAAAAAAAGAGUAAAUAUGAACAAAUAUCUGAUUGAAAAGGGAAGAAAUGAGGCAGAAGUCCAAGUUUCUGUUGAAAAUAGUGCAACCGAUUCCGAUGAAUGCGUUGCAGUCACACACUCUAGCAACGGCGGCACUAAACGCAAAAAAGGCUUUUCUAAAGUAUGGAAAUACUUUGUUAGAUCGCAGGAUAAAAAAUUAGCGAAAUGCGUUAAAUGUGGAAAGGUGUAUAAAACCAGUGGGAACACAAGCAACCUGCGUGACCACUUAACUAGGUUUCAUCCUAACUGCGAGGAAAACGAAGAGAAUUCAGAUGUUAACUUCUAUACCAGUUCAAGCAGUCGCCAGUCCAGCAUAAGAGCAAUUUCCGGAGUUAAUUACGUUACUAUAUCUCUAAUAAUCCUAAUGUCCUUUGGAAUAUUCGAAAAACUUAAUACAAUGCAAGGGAGUUUAACAACAUCAGAGGCUAGCGCACUUUGCUCGAUUUUGCUAGCCUCCGUUCGCAAACGUUUAGCGCCUUAUGAGUUGCGAACAUUAACAAGAAUGGGAACGAUAUUAGACCCUCGUUUCAAGAAAGAGGGUUUCCAGUCAACCACAAAUGCCAAUGAAGCUAGCAAAAAUCUUGAGAAAGAAAUUGCAGCGUUAAUUGCAACGGAUCAGAGAAACGAAAAUUUUACUGAAUUACAAAAAAACCGGCAGGACGAAUCUUCGUUUUUUGAUUUUGUGGAGAAGAGACUGGAAGGAAAAAGAGUAUCGAGUCGGGCAGAUGCAAUUAUUACACUACGACAAUAUUUUGAACAACGAAAUGUAUCAAAGGAUACUGAUCCACUUCUUGCUUGGAAGGUUUCAACUGAUGUCCUAAAUCCAGUGAAGAACGUCCUACCAAAAUAUUUUUGCACCCCAGCAACGUCAGUAGACUCAGAAAGAAUAUUUAGCAAAGCUGGCCUAAUAAUAACAGAUCGUAGAUCUAUACUAAAGCCAAAGCAUGUGGAUAUGAUAAUAUUUUUAAAUAAAAAUGAUUGUCAGAGGAUCGCAACUAAUGCCAAUGUUAAUGCGAACGCACUCUCACCGGCAAACACCUUCGAUGCUGCAUCCAAUGAGGGGAGAAAUACACAAAACGGGAAAGUGAAAAUAACACGCGCUACCGUUUGUGUUG